UUCACUCGGUUUAGAUGAGGUGUAUAUAACCGAAGCAGUAUCUGUACAUUAUCGCACAAGAUUUCUCCAUUUUAUAAUCAUCCGUUGAUACCCUUCCAUUUUUCAUUUUCUGCUGUCAUCUUCAGUGAAUCUUGAGCAGAUUGUUUUACCGUUCUUGCUAUUCACUUUUUGCCGGUAAAAUGACUCGUUUUGCUACACUUAUCCUGGCUUCUUCGCUGGCGCUUCUGGUGCUCAUCCAACAAACCAACGCCGAAAAGUCCGGCGCUUCUGCCGUGCUGAGCCGCCACAAACGGGACGACGGUUUUCCGGAUUUCCAAUGCUGGACGCAGGAUUUCAAUCAUCUCCUCGGAAAAAAGAACCCCAACAAGAACUGCGGCGAGAUCAGGGGUUUCAAGGGGAACCGCAAUGGCAAGGACGAUGAAUGCACGAAGCAGCACAAAGGUUGCUGCUCUAAAGGCGAUGGUGGCAAAUGCCACUGGAGCUUGACCUUACCUAAGAAGAAUUAAUGAUUUUUAGUGGAGACCAUAUUUCGUGUGGGAUUACGCUUGCAUUCCGUUAGCUUUGUGUGAACGUUUGUAUAUAGGCGUAAGAGUGUUUGUGUUAUGUAUAUCGUGCUCGUUUAUGAUGGAUUGAUGGUUACAAAUUAUUUAUUUAUAACUAUAAUAUUCUC